AAAACACUCGUAGAUCCCAUGACGCACCAGCACCUCCUCAGUACUUCCUUAUCAACCAUCCAGUACUAUUACUCACAAAUCCCCGCGAUGUCAAUUAUGCUUCCGGUAAAGGUUCAUAGCGCGCAUGCGGCUCAGGUCUGGAGACCGAUUGUCGCUUGGAAAUCCCAAUCUGUGGCUUCCCUGCUGAUGCCGUCAUCUUCUCCUGCUUACCUUAAAUACCGUGCGAUAUCCCCACUAGCUAGCUGCUGCUUGAGAGAACCUCUUUUUGCACUUCACAGAGUAUAAUUGACAUCGCAGAGCCUAGCCUCUUCCUAUUUGCGCAAUGACUUCCUUCUCAGACUCCACCUUUAACGCGAGUCUGUACUCAGACUUCCGUCCGAGCUACCCACCAAAGCUCUACUCUAUCCUUACCGACUACCACAAAGGUCCCAAGAACCUUUUAGUCGACCAAGGGUGCGGUCCAGGCACGGCCAGCAUUCCGUUUACAAAGCUCUUUGCACACGUUAUCGGCAGUGAUCCUUCCGCGGGGAUGAUCGAUGUCGCGACCAAAAACGCAGCUGCGAAAGAGAUCAAGAACAUCGAAUUCAAAGUCUCAGCCGCCGAGGACCUGAGCUACAUAAAUCCCGGAACAGCGGACAUGAUUGUUGCAUCGCAAGCUGCGCAUUGGUUUCAGCACGACAAGUGGUUUAAAGAGUGCGCGAAGACUCUCAGACCUGGAGGUACCCUGUCCUUUUUCGGAUAUCUUGAUCAUCAGUACAUGGGGGCCCCGCAGGCAAACAAGAUAAUCGAGGAGUUCUCUUACGGAAAGGAUUACCUGGGUCCAUACUGGGAACCAGGCCGCCAAGUACUCCGCAAUCUCUUCCGUGAUAUCGAAGUACCCAAAGAUAUUUUCGAAGACAUCGAAAGGAUCGAGUACAUCCCAGGAAAGUACCCGAACGACAAACAUCUGAUUGGAAAGAAAAUGACUCUUGCCGCGAACGAGCAGUACGUUCGCACCUGGAGUAGCUUCCAUAACUAUAACAAGCAGCACAAAGAAGUCUCGCGAGUUCAGGGCGGAGGAGGUGAUAUUGUUGAUCGUUUGUUUGACCGGCUGAAGAAAACUAUGGGAUGGACGGAGAACAAGGUUCUUGAAAUUCAGUGGUCGCAUAUCAUCGUGCUGGCUAGGCGUAUUUAGAUAGUAACUAGA